UUUGCACCGUAGCUCCCCAGCACUUCCGGUUGGGUCAUACAUGGAGGAUGAAUCCAACGUGAACAAACCGAAUCGCUGCUGUUUUCCAGCUCUUGGAUAAAUACUUCGAUAAACUUUAGUGUAUGUGAUGAGAAUAUAGUCACAGUUGUGUGUUCGUUCAUUGGGUGCUGAGCUUAGUUGUGUGUUUGUGUGUGUGUUGUCGGGGGGACUGUAACCUUGAUGCAGCUGAAGAAGAACUAACCGUGUCCUGAAGAAAACAUGGCAGGUGUUUGUCGUGGUUUGAGCUCCUUGUCCACAAAGAUCCUGGCACAAGCUGCACCUUCACCCCAGUUUGUGUCUGCACGCAGCAAGUUUUCCAAAGCAAGGAUCCCAAAAGAGCUCUUUGCUGAGAGAUCAAAGGAACAUGAGAAAUAUGGAGGAGAUCCAGACCAACCUCAUAAACUGCACAUAGUGACUCGGAUAAAAAGUGUGAUGCGAAGACCGUACUGGGAGAAAGACAUGGUGAAAGAUCUGGGGCUUGAUAAGGCACACGUCCCUGUGAUUCACAAAAAUACUCCUUCAGUCAACAACCGACUGAAAUUUGUAAAGCACCUGGUGAGAAUCCAGCCUCUGAAGACGCCGUACGGACUCCCUGCUGAAGAGGACAUGGCCGAGACCUACAUUAACAGCAAGGGAGAGCUGAUUGUCCGUCGCCUCCUCCAACCUCUAGAACCCAAGGCCAUUGAAUCCUAGCCUUACUCUCACUAAGUGAUGGUCCAGUUAUAAUCCAGUUGUACAUAAAUAUCAUGUAAACAUGUGCUCCAUGUAUACCAGUUCAGAUUCCACAACCAUGACAGUUGAGAAACGGGUUGCUCAUUUUCUAUAUUAAACACAUUAUACAAACUAGAA